CAGACGACCCCUGACACACACAACAGACGACCCCUGACACACAAGAGACGAACCCUGACACACACACCUGACACACAAGAGACGACCCCUGACACACACACACCUGAACCACACACCUGACACACAAGAGACGACCCUUGACACACACACGCACCUGACACACACACACACCUGACACACAAGAGACAACCCCUGACACACACACCUGACACACAAGAAGACACCUGACACAAAAGAGACGACCCUUGACACACACACGCACCUGACACACACACACCUGACACACACACACCUGACACACAGAGACAACACCUGACACACAUGAACACGCUUUAGACCUGGUUUAGUUUUGUGUUUUAUUUUGAAGUCCCGUGGUUGUGUGUUUUAUUUUGAAGUCCCGUGGUUGUGUGUUUUAUUUUGAAGUCCCGUGGUUGUGUGUUUUAUUUUGAAGUCCCGUGGUUGUGUGUUUUAUUUUGAAGUCAGGGGGACACCGGAAGCGGCCGUGUCUCGUGGCCAGGUGCGGCGCUCACCGGGCCUCGCGCAGACGGAGGUGAGCUCGUGCAGGUGAGCGCGUGCAGAUGGCGGGACGGGACCGGAUCGCGCACCUGCUGCGGCAGCUGGAGCGCGCAGCAUGCAGAUGCCCAAUUCACUCCAACGCCCUGCACCAAGGAGCUGCUGCUCCCUGCACCGUGAGGAAAACUGACUACGCCUUUGAGAUGGCGAGCUCAAACAUCAGAUAUGGUCCUGGAGUGUCCAGAGAAGUGGGAAUGGACGUCGCGUCCCUCGGCGCUCGUCGUGUUUGUCUCAUGACGGAUCAAACUCUGGCGUCUCUGGAUCCCGUCCGUUUCGUCCUCGAGUCUCUGACCCAGAACCAGGUCCAGUUCACCGUCUACGACCGAGUCCGAGUGGAGCCCACAGACACCAGUUUCAAAGAGGCGAUCUCGUUUGCGAAGGCCGGGCGUUUCGACGCGUACGUGGCGGUGGGCGGGGGCUCGGUGAUUGACACCUGUAAAGCGGCCAAUCUCUACGCCUCGCACCCCGACAACCACUUCCUGGACUUCGUCAACGCUCCGAUCGGAAAAGGUCUCCCAGUGACCGGGAAAGUCCGACCCCUCAUCGCCAUCCCGACCACGGCGGGGACGGGCAGUGAGACCACAGGAGUCGCCAUCUUUGACUACGAGCCGCUCCGAGCCAAAACAGGUAUUGCGAGCAGAGAGAUCCGCCCCCUGCUGGGGCUGGUGGACCCGCUUCACACACUGAGCAUGCCCAGUCGCGUGGCGGCGAACAGCGGCUUCGACGUGCUCUGUCACGCUCUGGAGUCGUACACUGCUCUUCCGUUCCACCAGAGGGCGCCGUGUCCUCCGCACCCGCAGCUGCGUCCUGCGUAUCAGGGCUCCAACCCCAUCAGCGACGUGUGGGCGGUGCACGCGCUGCGGGCCGUCGCCAAGUACCUCAAACGGGCCGUGCGGGACCCGGAGGACCUGGAGGCGCGGUCGGCGAUGCACCUGGCGAGCGUGUUCGCCGGGAUCGGCUUUGGGAACGCCGGAGUCCACCUCUGUCACGGCAUGUCGUACCCCAUCGCAGGAAACGUGAAGACUCAUCGAGCGCAGGGAUACGACGUGGAGCACCCGCUGGUGCCUCACGGUCUCUCCGUCGUCCUCACGUCUCCGGCCGUUUUCAACUUCACCUCGUCCAUGUGUCCAGAAAGACACAUGGAGGCAGCAGAGAUACUCGGUGCGGACAUUCGUGGUGUUCGUGGUUCUGACGCCGGUCGGGUUUUGGCGGAUGCUCUUCGGUCGUUCCUGUGGGAGCUGCAGGUGGAGGACGGGCUCCAGGCGCUCGGGUACUCGUCUGAGGACGUCCCCGCACUCGUGCAGGGGACACUCCCACAGGAGCGAGUGACCAAACUGUCGCCCAGAAGCCACACCCACGACGACCUCGAGGAGCUGUUCCACCAAUCACUGAAGCUCUACUGACCCCACCCCUCUCACCUGACCCCGCCCCCUGCACCUGACCUCUCACCUGACCCCGCCCCCCACACCUG